GUAGUACUAUUGUACAGAGUUGGAAAGAAAAUCGCCGCGGCUGCCGUGCCAGAUUUCCUUUCUUUUAUUCUCUCAGCUUACACAGUCUUCAAUAAAAACAAAUCACGACCUGUAAUUACAAAACUACCCCUUUCACCCUCACAUAAACAUCAACCUCACUUCAGCGCCAGUAAAAAAACACGAGAGGAAAGGACCCGUUUGAAAAUUGAUUGACUUUGAUUUCAUGGCCAAAUGCACAACAGCCUCGUCCACUACGACGCCGUUUACGGCUCUUAAGCCUGAAGAUUACUCCCAUAGUCCUGUUCACUACGCCGUCGUUUUGGGUGAUCACAUUACUCUUGCCCGGAUAAUCUCCACCCUCCCUAAACUCCCCGAUCCUUCUAAAAUUCACACCGAAUCUGACUCUCUGAGUCAAGAACGAGUGGCUGACCAAAUAUCCUCUGUUCUCGACCGCCGCGACGUUCCCUUCCGGGAAACUCCGCUCCAUCUAGCCGUUAGACUAAAUGACGCAUUCGCUGUACGUUCUCUUGCUGCAGCCGGUGCUGACGUGUCUCUCCAGAAUGCUGCCGGUUGGAACCCUCUACAAGAGGCUGUUUGUCGUCGUAGUUCUGACAUUUCGUUGAUUUUACUCAAGCUGCACCACCGCUCCGCCUGGUCCAAGUGGCGCCGACGCUUGCCACGUGCCAUUUCUGUCCUACGCAGAAUGCGUGAUUUCUAUAUGGAAAUCUCCUUCCACUUCGAAAGCUCCGUCAUUCCGUUCGUAGGGAAAAUCGCUCCGUCUGACACGUACAAGAUCUGGAAACGCGAUGGUAAUCUCCGGGCUGACACGUCACUCGCUGGCUUCGACGGCUUGAAAAUACAACGCGCCGAUCAAAGCUUUCUGUUCCUUGGAGACGGUGACCAAACUCACAACGUUCCUCCUGGUUCCUUGCUCGUUCUCAACCGCGACGACCGCAAAAUUUUAGACGCUUUUGAAAACGCCGGAGGACCUAUGUCCGAGUCCGAAAUUGCCGGAUUUUGCGCACAAACUACCGUGUAUCGGCCCGGAAUGGACGUCACUAAGGCCGAACUUGUCGGCCGGACCAAUUGGAGACGACAAGAGAAGACAGAGUCUGUUGGUGAAUGGAAAGCCAAAGUAUAUGAACUGCAGAACGUCGUUUUCAGUUUUAGGUCACGUAAAGUUCCCGAAAACGACGUCGCUGGCAGCGAACAAGUACUACCACUCGAACUUGACGAAGACGACGACGGUUUUUUCGUUGCCGAGAAUCCAAGUCUCAAUUUCAACGUUGAGAGACGAAGACAUAGUAGUUUUGUGAGGGAGGAGAGAGAUUGGGUGACGGUUGGGAGAAAGAGCGUUGACAUCAUUCCUUCUUCUGCGAUGUCUUCGCGACCGAUAAUGACCGAGCCGAGGAAGUCGACUUCGGCUGCGGUUACGUUGGCCCCUUCGCCGCCGACGAAGGAAAAAGAGUUUGUGAGAAGUUUACGGCCGUCAGUUUGGUUAACGGAACAGUUUCCGUUAAAGACGGAGGAGUUGCUUCCGUUACUUGAUAUUUUAGCUAAUAAAGUUAAAGCUGUGCGAAGAUUGAGAGAAUUGUUGACGACAAAGCUCCCGCCGGGAACAUUCCCCGUUAAGAGGAGAAGCUUUUGGUGGGGUCAACUGUUGUUUUGUGAUGCGACGUGGAAGUCUAUGGACGGUGUCAUGGGUGUGUGGGACCGAGAUGAUCCGAGAUUUCUUUUCUUUUGGCUUUGGAUGAGCGGGUUUAGGUCAAGUUGGAAGUUCACUCAAAUCAAACUGAAUCUUUAGUGUAGAUUUGACUGGUUCAAACCGAGCAUACCGGAGGAUGGUUCCAUUUUGGCGAAAUAGAGUAGCCCUUAGCUUUUAUUUUGGUUGACUUAUCUUUGAAUUUAAACGGAUGUUGUUGGAAAUGAUUUUUUCUGGGAAAAGUUUUCUUUAAAGAGUAAUUGGUUGAUGUUAUCGACUGUUUGUUUGUGUGGGACAGGUGGCGAUCCCGGUGGUCCCGACGGUGAAGGUAGUGGUGACAUUCACUAAAUUCGUCGAGCUACAAUCAACAGAACAAUUCUUCACUCCGCUCUCAAGCCCUAGCUAUUUCCCUAGAGGCUCAUCCGAGGAUGAUAAAAAAUCAUCUUCAUCUUCAUGGCUAAGGAGGAAUGGCAGCCAAUCGGCGAACAAGCAGCGGCAGAGUUCAUUGUCGUCGUCGUCAUCAUCAGCAACAACAAUGGCACCACACUGGGGGACAGACCCUUUUGCCAUACCAAGUGGGUAUACAUGGACGAGC